AUGUUUCUUAGCUUUUCCGUGACAGGGGCCUCGGUGCGGCCGUUUAUGCACCUACUGCAGACCGUCGCUAAGCAAGGGGAAGGGCUUUUCUUUGAGCCGCAUCGUGACUCUCUGCAAUUACGUGUGGUGAACAGCACUCGUAGUACGCAUAUGCUUGUGGGUAUUGCCGCCCGUUAUCUUGAGGGCUACCGCAGCAUACAUGGAAACUCCGCGACGAAUUCAUGUGAAAAAAGUGGUGGCGCAACAUCCGAGACAAAUCUGCCGAGGCACGAGGACGACCGCGACGAGUUUUUCCUGAUGCUUCCAACAAAGGCUCUUAUCGCGACCGUAUUACGACAGUCUCAGGGGUUGUGUUCUGUGCACGUUCGCUACAACGCCACCUCGGCAUCUGACAUGGUCUCUUGCGACACACUCCAGUGGGAAUGCGUGAUGUCCGGCGGCAUCAUUAAAAAGUUUUCGCUGCCGUUGGCGGAAGGACGACCGGAACGCGCCUUUUUUUCACCCGAUCGGUUUAGUUUUGAUGCAUGCGCGGCGGCCUGGGUGUGGGGGGCGCUGCUUGGCUGGUUCCCCGCAUCGAGGCCGCGUGUUGUUGUGCAGCCGCUCGAGUCGCGUCUGGAGUUGUGGGUUGUGGACAGCGACGAGCCGAACGUCAUGCAAGGCACCCACCCGCCGUUGGAGAGCGGCAAAGGCGGUGGGACGGAGACGAAGGUCGUGGCGUCGCAGGAGCACUUCCUCUUCAUGCGGCAACAUGAGCCACGCGGCGAGGGCACAGCGGUGUCGAAUGAAACGAGUGAAGUGGGGGAUGCACCUACCGCCCCAAGAUCGAGGGGAUUGUCGCUUCCCGGGAAAAUCGUCGAGGUGAAACCAUUCAAGCAAGUCUGCCUGCUGGCGGAUCAGCUCGGCAUGAUGAUUCGAGUGCGCACCGGCGUGGAGGGUCUGCCUCUCUUUGUGGAGGCCAUCACCGUGCAGGACGCGCAACAGGCAGCUGCAGCAGUGGCCGCCACGACAGUUAAAGAUGCGGUAGCUGCAGAAAGCAGCAACGCCGCCGUUCAGCAGAAUGUUUUUGGCAGACAUUCGCUGCCGUCGGAGAAUUCUUUUCGAGUGACUUUCUCCAUGUACAUCGCCGCCUUUGACGUGCCGCAGCGUGCGUUGGACAGUGGCGAAGGAUUUACGGCCUCGAGCCGUCGUUCUACCAACUCCGCCACAACCGUCACUGGUGAGGAACGCGGUGUCGUCACAGCGAGUAGUCUGCAGGAGGUUAACGCUCCGUUGGUCUCUGCGUCUGCUGCACCGCCUUCAUCGGACGGUGUGCCUCUCUCUGGAAUAGCGCAGCAGACUCCUUUUAAAAUUGCAGAAAACAUGGCAACUGGGCAGGCCAUCCGUCCGACAGGUGUCACCAAUGAGAAGAAUCCCGUUGCGAAUAGCGUUUGCUCACCGCAGCGUGUCCUGGUGCCCGCUUCUCCCACUCAAGUUCCUUCCUGCGCUUUGGAUGGGCCUUCAUUGGUAGGCGCGACUCCAUUGCGUAGCGGUGGACGCAUCUCCUCCUCCUCAAAUGGGGAAGAAAUGGUGGUGAGGGCGACACCGGAGGUUGGUGGGAUCGUCACACCGCACCGAGGCGGCAAACGCCCACGUGGCGGCGAAAGUCUGGACGGCAGAUUCCCCCAAGAGUCGGUUGUAGGUUGCACUGCCGGCACCACAGACACCACCGCCAUGUCAUUUGCACCAACCGCCUCAUUUGUGGCGCCUACAAACUUGUCGCCAAACGACCGCAGGCAGGCUGGAGAACAACAAGGGCGAGAAGAGCCGAUGCCGUCAGUUUCCGCACGACCUUCGCUGGAAACCCGCUUUCCAUUGGACUUUAAUGCCUUCAUGCAGGAGAUUGCGGAGGAAGCGAAGGAAGACCCUGAGGAAAGCGAGGAGGAUGAGGACUUGCAGCGAUUUCUUGAAAGCUGCGUGUCAUUGCUGGUGCUGCCAGUAACCCCAGCCACGCAGCCAAAGUAG